GACCCGAAUCCGAUUUAUUUGCUUUUCCUUGUUUCGUCGUCGUUGAAAUCACAAACACCUUCUCUCUUCUUGUUUCUCUCUAUCUCUCUCUCGACCGCAUUCUUCCCUCUUCUGCGCUGCCCGGAUCGAAAUCUGAUUCGUGAUGGGUGUGAAGCUGCAAGCUCUGAGGAAUUUCGAUGCGUUCCCUCGGGCGGAAGAGCAUUUGUUGCAGAAGACCAAAUCGGGUGCUGUUGUUUCCAUAAUUGGUCUUGCCAUCAUGGCGAUUUUGUUCAUUCAUGAACUGAACUAUUAUCUCACAACUUACACAGUACAUCAGAUGUCUGUUGAUCUGAAGAGAGGAGAAACUCUACCUAUUCAUAUUAAUAUGACAUUCCCUUCAUUGCCUUGUGAAGUAUUGAGUGUUGAUGCCAUUGAUAUGUCUGGGAAACAUGAGGUGGAUUUGGACACGAACAUAUGGAAGGUAUAAUUAGUGGGCAUUUGAUUCAUACCUUUU